AUGGAUCAACAAAGUCAAUCUGGGCCUCAAGGCCCCGGUGGCCGCAAGUUCCACAUUGCUCAUCGGAGAAGUCCAUCUGAGCUCACCCCGUUGAUGAUGGAACAACUGGCCAUUCAACAACAGAUCGAGUUGCUCCAGCAGCAACAGCAACAAAUUGCUGCGACACACCAACAAUACGUUAACAUGGGGCUGUUGCAGCCCCAGCAACUGGGCCAGGUGCCCUCGUUUCAACCCGGUGCCUCCAUGAGCGGUGUCUCCCCACAGCAAGUGAAUGCAUUCCAGUUUCCACAAGGUGGACAGCAGCAGCAGCAGCAGCAGCUUGGAGUACCAAUGAACGGACCCAACCAGCAUUCGCACCGUCGCAACCAGUCUGCUCUCCCUGGUCUUCCCAUGGGCCCACCCCCUGCUCCGUCUUCUGGGGCAUCGGGAUACGCCGAUUAUAACCAGCAGGGCCAAAACAACAAUAACCACAAGAACGAGAAUACCGGCCACGGCCGCGGUCGUGGAGGUCCUCCCGGCGGUGGUCACCAGCGCCGCCACUCACUUGCUCUUCCUGAGGCCAAGAAAGCCGCCGAGCUGGCCCAGCAGAAGAGAACAGCCUCGGGAUUCCAGUUCCCAGCUCCUGCUCCUGGUGCAAGUGGUUCCGAUAACCAGUCUUCAUCGGAUGAUAAGCCUGCAGCCAGCACUUCUCCAGCACCCCAGGGACCCCAGGGACCCGCCUUCCAGCGGGCCGGAAACAUGCGAGCUGGUGGCCACGGCCGCAGCCAAUCGAUGGCCAUCGGUGGUAACCGGGGUUCCAUGUCCGGCCGCGGUGCUAGCGGGUUCCAAUUCCCCCAAGCCAGUGAGCCCUCAGCCAAUCAAUCUGAUAACCAACGGCGAAUCAGCCAGGCUGGCCAUGCUCGGUCUUCCUCGCGAAACUUCGAGGGCAACUGGCGCCAACCCAACAACCAAGCCCAGAGCCAGGAUCAGCAGAGGCCCGUGGGUCAACAACAGGGCGGGUUCCAGCCCGGCCACCGCUCCCGCGGCUCGAUGAACCAGUCCAUGGGCUCUAUUGGUCAAUUCCAGUAUGGCGGCCAACCUCAGCUUAUCCAACUUCCUCAGGGUCAAGUCAUGAUGACACCUCAGAUGUUUGGUAAUCAGCAACUGAAUCCCCUCCAGCUGGCUCAGCUCCAAGCGCUUCAGCAGCAGAACCCUCAGGGUAUGGGUGGUCUUCAGGCUAGCCAGCACGCCCCGCCGCAGAUGUCUGUUCAACAGCAACAGCAGCAGCAGCAGCGGAAGACCCUUUUCACUCCUUACCUUCCCCAGGCAAACCUGCCUGCACUCCUUAGCAAUGGACAACUGGUCGCUGGUGUUUUGCGUGUCAACAAAAAGAACCGUUCCGAUGCUUAUGUUACCACCGACGAUCUAGAUGCCGACAUUUUCAUUUGCGGUAGCAAAGAUCGGAAUCGCGCCCUUGAGGGUGACUAUGUCGCAAUUGAGCUUCUCGAUGUCGACGAGGUGUGGGGUCAGAAGAAGGAAAAGGAGGAGAAGAAGAAGCGCAAGGAUAUCACCGAUGCCCGCUCUAACAGCAAUGCUGGAAAUGACAAGCUUGGUCGCUCCGAUUCCACUGGCGAUAGACAGGAAGUUGGCCCGGAUGGAAGCAUCCGUCGCCGCGGCAGUCUUCGCCAGCGUCCUACCCAGAAGAAGAACGACGAUGUCGAGGUCGAGGGCCAGAGCCUUCUCCUAUGUGAGGAGGAUGAGAUCAGUGACGAGCAGAAGCCUUUGUACGCUGGCCAUGUCGUUGCUGUCAUUGAGCGUGUUGCGGGCCAGAUGUUCUCAGGAACCCUAGGUCUCUUGCGUCCCAGCAGCCAGGCUACAAAGGAGAAGCAGGAGGCUGAGCGGCAAGCCAGAGAUGGUGCCCACGGCCGUUCCCACAAUGACCGUCACCAGGACAAGCCAAAGAUUGUCUGGUUCAAGCCUACGGAUAAGCGUGUUCCACUUAUCGCCAUCCCCACAGAGCAGGCACCUCGGGACUUCGUCGAGAAGCACCAGGACUACGCCAACCGAAUCUUUGUUGCUUCUAUCAAGAGGUGGCCUAUUACAUCUCUGCACCCCUUCGGCACUCUCGUUGAGCAGCUUGGAGAGAUGGGUGACUUGCGGGUUGAGACAGAUGCCCUGCUCCGCGAUAAUAACUUCGGUUCAGAUGACUUCUCCGAUGCGGUGCUGAAGAGCAUCGGCUGGGAGGACUGGUCUGCCUCUACCGAGGGUGACGCCCUGGCUUCGAGACGUGACUUCCGUGAAGAGACCAUCUUUACGAUUGACCCCGCCGACAGCAAGUCCCUCGAGGAUGCGUUCCACGUCAAGAGCCUUGCUGAUGGCAAGGUUGAGAUCGGUGUCCACGUGGCCGAUAUUGCUCACUUCGUCAAGGGCAACUCUCUGGUGGACCGCGAGGCCAAGAAGCGCGGUACUGCGGUCUAUUUAGUCGAUCGAGUCAUGAACAUGUUGCCUCCCCGUGUUUCUACUGAGCUUUGCUCCCUCGUUCCUGGCGAAGAUCGCCUCACGGUCAGUGUCGUAUUCAAGGCCAACCCCGCCACCGGUGUGGUUGAUGAGGAUGUCUGGAUCGGUAAAGCUGUCAUCAAGAGCGCUGGCCGUCUUGACUACGACCAGGUCAAUGCACUUGUUCAGGGCAAGUCUGAUGUCAACACCAGUGGCAUCUCUGCUGACAGCAUCCGCUUGUUGCACAACACUGUCGGCAAGUUCCGCGAAGCCCGUUUCGGUAACCGCGUGUCAGACGUUCCUGUGCAGCGUCUGCUUCAACAGCUCGAUGAUGAGAAUGUGCCUGUCGAAUACAAUAUUUUCGAGUCGACCCCAGCACAUGAACUUGUUGAGGAGCUGAGCCACCAGGCCAACUUCUUCGUUGCUCGUAAGCUUGUCAGCGCUAUGCCGGAGAGAGCUUUCUUGCGUCGUCAGUUCUCGCCCAACUCUCGCCGCCUUACUUUGUUUGUUGAGCGGAUGAACCGCCUUGGCUUCGAAAUGGACUCAAGCAGCAGUGGCAGCCUCCAGAGCUCUCUCUGCAAGGUGCAAGAUGUCGAUCUUCGUAAGGGUAUGGAGACUCUCAUUGCCAAGGCCAUGCAGCGUGCCAAGUACUAUGUCAGCAGUGGUACUCCCGAUGAAAUGCGCCAGCACUACAUGCUCAAUGUGCCGGUUUACACCCAUUUCACCAACCCCUCUCGACGCUACGCCGAUAUCCUGGUGCACCGUCAACUCGAGGCUGUGCUCUCCGAGGGUACCGUGGAGUUCAAUGACGAUAUCGAGUCACUGAACAAGACCGCCGAUCUUUGCAACAACAAGAAGGACUCGGCCCUCAAUGCCCAGGAGCAGAGUGUGCACAUUGAGGCCUGCCGUAAGAUGGACCGUAAGAGUCGCGAGAUUGGCGGCGAUCUCAUCAGCGAGGGCAUUGUACUCUGCGUCUACGAGUCUGCCUUCGACGUCCUUAUCCCGGAGUACGGCUUUGAAAAGCGUGUGCACUGUGACCAGCUGCCGCUCAAGAAGGCUGAAUACCGCAAGGAUAGUCGUGUACUCGAGCUGUACUGGGAGAAGGGUGUUCCCUCUUCCGCAUACAUUCCCGAGGACGAGCGUCCCAAGCCCGGUAAUUCCCGUGCUGCUCAAGCUGCAGCGGCUGCUCGCGAGGCCGAAGCCGCCAGAGAGCGGGCCCGAGAGCGUGAUGAGGCCAUGCGUAAGCAGACCGAGACUGGUACAAUGUCUGCGGAUGAUGUCGACGCCCUCUUCGAUGACGAUGAAGAUGUGGAUGAUGUCACUGAAAUGGCAGCCGGUGUGUCGCUCAACUCCGCCGACCGUUCCACUCAGAGCAUGCCCCCGUCGCCUACGCGCAACGGCCACCACCAGCAGGGACCUCACCGUACUCGUUCGGACCCCAAGAUUGCCUCCGGCAGUGGCGAUGCACCCGAGAACAAAUUGACCAACAAGGAGAAGUACUUGAACUUGUUCAAGUUGCGUGAGGUGGAUGGAGAUUUCAUCCAGGAUGUCACCGAGAUGACCCGUGUUCCCAUCAUCCUGAAGACCGACCUGAGCAAGAGUCCUCCAUGCCUCACUGUUCGAUCUGUUAACCCCUACGCCCUGUAG